CUGUCUAUGGAUGAGACGUAUGCAGACAUCACCCCCGUACGCUUCAACAGCAACAAUGUGAGCGCGUACGUGUCUAUCAUGCGCGGGUGUGACAACAUGUGUUCGUACUGUAUAGUGCCCUUUACGCGUGGGCGGGAACGCAGCCGUCCGAUGACGAGUAUCCUGGAGGAAGUUCGGAACUUGUCAGCUGACGGAGUGAAGGAGGUGACACUGUUGGGCCAGAACGUCAACAGCUACCGCGAUCUCAACGAACGAUCGGUGAGUCAUGAUUUAUAA